AUGGCUUCGGUCGCCGCUUGGUUGCCAUUCGCACGGGCGGCGGCCAUCGGCUGGGUGCCGAUAGCGUCCCAUCCGCUGCCGGCCCCACCGGUGUUCAAGGACCGGCUGCGCUCGGAGGACGAGAAGCUCAUCAUCAACGUGUCCGGGCGGCGGUUCGAAACGUGGCGCACGACGGUCGAAAAGUACCCGGACACGCUGCUCGGCUCGAACGAGCGUGACUUCUUCUACGAUGAGGACAGCAAGGAGUACUUCUUCGAUCGCGACCCGGACAUCUUCCGGCACAUUCUCAACUACUAUCGAACCGGCAAGCUCCACUACCCACGGCACGAAUGUCUGCUCAGCUACGACGAGGAGCUGGCAUUCUUUGGCAUCAUGCCGGACGUGAUCGGCGACUGCUGCUACGAGGACUACCGCGAUCGGAAGCGCGAAAACGCCGAGCGGCUGAUGGAUGACAAGCUGUCGGAGAACAGCGACAACAACCUGCAGCAGCUGACCAACAUCAGACAACGGAUGUGGCGCGCCUUCGAGAAUCCGCAUACUUCCACUGCCGCGCUCGUGUUCUACUACGUCACGGGCUUCUUCAUUGCUGUAUCUGUGAUGGCGAACGUCGUCGAGACGGUGCCGUGCGGGGUGCGGCCGGGCCGUGCCGGUACGCUAUCCUGUGGCGAACGCUACAAAAUCGUCUUCUUCUGUCUGGACACGGCGUGCGUCAUGAUUUUUACCGCGGAGUAUCUGCUGCGGUUGUUUGCCGCACCGAACCGGUGCAAAUUUGUGCGCAGCGUGAUGAGCAUCAUCGAUGUGGUUGCGAUCCUGCCGUACUACAUCGGUCUCGGCAUCACCGACAACGACGAUGUGUCCGGUGCGUUCGUGACGCUCCGAGUGUUUCGCGUCUUCCGUAUCUUCAAGUUCUCGCGACACUCGCAAGGUUUGCGCAUUCUGGGCUACACGCUCAAAUCGUGCGCAUCCGAGCUUGGGUUCCUGGUGUUCUCCCUUGCCAUGGCCAUCAUCAUCUUCGCCACGGUCAUGUUCUACGCGGAGAAGAACGUGGACGGUACCAACUUUACCUCGAUUCCGGCCGCGUUCUGGUACACGAUCGUCACCAUGACCACGCUUGGUUAUGGUGAUAUGGUGCCGGAAACGAUUGCCGGCAAGAUCGUCGGUGGCGUUUGCUCGCUGAGCGGUGUGCUGGUCAUCGCGCUACCUGUACCUGUAAUCGUGUCCAACUUCAGCCGCAUCUACCAUCAGAACCAGCGGGCGGACAAGCGGAAAGCACAACGGAAAGCACGCCUUGCCCGAAUACGAAUAGCGAAAGCGGGCGCCAGUGCGGCGUUCGCGAGCAAGAAGAAGGCGGCCGAGUCGCGCCUAGCGGCGCAGGAGUCUGGCAUUGAACUGGACGACAACUACAACGAUGAAGACAUCUUUGAGCUACAGCAUCAUCAUCUGUUGCGAUGCUUGGAGAAGACUACGGACCGGGAGUUUGUCGAGCUAGAGACGCAGUACAAUGGACAGACGAAGCGGCCAGGAUCUCCGUCACCGAUGGCCAGUCCGUCACAUUCGGCCAACACGGCCACCGGAGCAACCGGGCUCCUGCAGUCCUGCUGCGGACGAUGCUGCUCGCAGCGAUAUCAGGACAACCGGGAGUCUGGAAGGAUCUCCUUCGAUGACACGGGAGUGGAGGAAGGGAAUGAAGGCAGAGGCGUAAGAAGAAGAGAAAGCAAUGGGGACUGUGAGCGUACGGGCACCAAUGCAGCCAAUAAUUCGAACCAGCAUGCCAAUCCUUUGCAAGGUACCGGUAUGCGUAUGUAA